AUGCCAAAAAACCUAUAUAUCAAGAGACGCGGUCAGCUCCUUCGAGAAACCACCAAAGUUAAGACUGAUCGGAGUAGUGCACGAGAUGAGCGGUACCUGUACAUUCGAUCUCAACUCCUUCAGCUGCGAUAUGGAGUGUCAGUUGAGAGUCUAAGCAUGCGUUCACGUCCUCUCAGUAGCCUGAGUCGACCCAGUUCCCUGCCAGCACUUGAGUCCCCGGCCACUGAGUCACCUGCAUGGGGUAAGGUGGACAUGAGGGGGAUGAGGGUUGUCCCUACAAAUCAAGCCAGGGCAUCUAGGGCCAUUGCAGGCAAUACCUCCAUUGGAGAGCAUUAUGCCUUUGCAGGAAUGCAUCAUAUCUUUGACCAGGUUUGCUUAACUUAUGGAAUGAUCCUCAUGAGUUCUGUGGUAUUUAUUCAGUCUGAAGAUAAAACUAAGAUAAUGACUGAUGGUUCACCAAUUUUUCUGAGAAACAACAGUUUUCUUGUAUUUGCGGUUUUUCAGCAUGCAUCAUCUGCAGUGACGACAGUUAAAUUUGCCAAUAAUGACCGGAGCCUCCUUGGUUGUUCAUCUCUGGAUGGUUGUGUCUCCAUUUGUUCCAUGUUUCCUGAGCCCAGAGUAAUCUUCAUCCUCAAGGGACAUUCCCAAGGAGCACCAGAUUUUGACUGGUCCUCAACCAACGAUCUCAUUGUGUCGUGUUCCCUUGAUCAGUCCAUGCGUCUGUGGGAUGCAAAUACUGGCAAUUGCUUGCGUACUGUUUUCAGUCCUACCCAAGCACAAUACCUCUCCUGUCUCUUCCAACCAUCCAACAACAAUUUUGUUGUGGUAUUACUAUUGUUUUGCCCUGAUUGCAUUAUAGAUAACUGGCUGGAUGUUGAUAGGUUAAAAAUUUGUGUUGAGCAGCUGGGAUCAUCCAAGGGGGAGAUCCAAGUGGUGAAUGUGUCAACGGGGAUCUUCCCACGAGGAGGAUCCAUCCAUGUCCUUGGAGGAAGUGGAGGAGGAGGAGGGGGAGGAGGACACCCACCAAAGAUCCUUUCUCUUGCCUUUGAUCCCCCAGGAAAUGUCCUCUGGGCUGCUGAUGACAAAGGCUGUGUCACGUCUUUGCUGUUCCAAGGCAUGACAGGUCACUUGACAAGGGGACAUCGUCUGACAAUAUUUGAAAAUACUCCCAUAACAUCCCUGGAGUGUAGGACUUGGCUCAGCCGAGAAGCCCCAGACCCAACGCUCCUUGUGAACUGUGCAUCUAACCGCCUCUGUGCCUUCAGGGUUGAGGGAAAAGAUGGAAGCCUCAAGUUCAGAAGGGUUUUUCCCGUCAAGCACACCAAGUAUUGCGUGAAGUCUACUUUCUGCCCCAUCAUGUCCUUCAGACAGGGCAUCGCAAUCGUCAGCGGUAGCGAGGACGGAGUCAUCUACUUCUUCGACUUGGAGAGGGAGCAGAAGUCGUGCUUCAACACGCUCCAGGGCCAUUCGUCACCCGUCCUCGACGUGGCCUUCAACUACGACGAGUCGCUACUGGCUUCCAGCGACGCGAGCGGUCUCGUCAUCGUCUGGAAGAAGUGAAUCCCGUCUGUGAUGCUUUUUGGCCGAUCUUGUUUUCCGGGUGCUGGUUUGAGGUCAGAGAUGAUGCAGUGAU